AUGGUAUUAUCGAACCCAAAGCAGAACGUCGAGCUUGUCGAUCGUCACGUCCGGCAAGCGGCUCAUGCAGUCCUCUUUCAACAUUUCAACAACCAAGUCGCAUCAAAGCUUGCGUGGCUGGAUGGACCCAAGAACCCAUGGCGAACCCUCGUACUUCCUCUCGCGCAACGCUCAUCCUGCUUGCGGCUAUCAACACUGGGUUUGGCAGCAGCACAUAUGUCCGUCGUAUCUCCCCGGGAUAAGCCAGCACUUGUCCAGAUUUACCGAAACCUUCGAGAUGCGACGCUGUAUCAUCUGAACCGGCAGAUGGAAUCCGAGCUGAAGCUUGAAGUAUCGCGGAGUGAUAAGAAUACGCAGGUCUCGGUUCUCGUCGAAAUCAUCCUCACCAUGAUUUCUCUAUGCUAUGCAGAAAUGUUCAUACCCAACUCGACGGGAUGGAGACUCCACCUCAGCGGUGUCCGCACAGGAUUCGAGAGAUAUGACCUCGCAAAUCCACACGAAAAGGUGAUUUCUCAGUUUUUGGUGGGAGAACUUGACUAUCUGGAGGCUUUUGGAAGUAUAUCCUCAUUUACCUCGAGUUUGAGACGCCAAAAGCCCAUCUCACAGCACGCGACUUCUAAUGAGUACUUCAAAGAAUUUACAGAAGCACUUUAUGAGAUCACGGUUACCGAGAGAAGCCGAAACCACGCUUCUAGGACAGGAGAGAUUCUUGUUGACACUGACAUGACUGUGUGGCAAGACAAGCUCACCAAGUCUUAUGACUUCGUUUGCGCCCGCAUUGAAUCCACCACGUCACAAGACGUCACUCUCCAGAUAAGCCUCAAAUCAGUUCUCAAAGCCCAAUACUACGCUUGCCUUGUGUACAGCUACCAAGCACUUGCUUCCGAUGUCGAGAAGACAGUUGCGAUCCCUCCGCUGGUUGACUGUCUCUACAACGAGAUCAUCUUCAUGACAUCCUGUCCAAUUGAAUCUGUUGCGCACAAUAUCUCAUUUCCGCUGUUCAUACUCGGAACAGCCAGUCAGUUAUACACCAACAAACAAGUUAUGAUCGAAAGGCUUUUUACCGACAACAUAGCUACGACGGGUUUCUCGUGCAACUCGGCAGUACUACAGUUCUUGAGAGACUUCUGGAACGCGACGACAGCUGGGUCGACUCAGAACUGGAUACAGUAUGCGAGAGACAACGAGGAGCGGAUAAGCCCAUUUAUUGUGUUCUGA